AUGAGAGCGGUGGUCUGGAGGGGCUCACCCGACCCUGGUCAAAUGAAGCUGGAAAGUUUGCAGAGACCAUCCCCGAAGGAAGGAGAAGUCUUGGUCAAGGUGCGAGCUUGCGGGGUCUGCCACACAGACCUUCACUGCAUCAAGGGUGAGGUGCCCUUUCCGGCCCCGGCUGUCUUUGGGCACGAGAUCAGUGGAACCGUCGUUGAACACGGAAGUGGUGUGGAUGCCGGUAGGCUACCUCUUGGAGGUAAAGUGGCAUGUACUUUCAUAAUGCCAUGCGGCUCCUGCUUCCAUUGCCAGAGAGGGGAGGAGGACACUUGCGCCCCCUUUUUUGCUCUGAACAGACUUAAAGGACAGCUCUACGAUGGCAGUACUCGCUUGUAUCAAAAUGGAAGCCCGGUGGCCAUGUAUUCUUUUGCAGGGCUGGCUGAGUAUGCGGUUGUGCCACAGACGGCGGCAUUCUUGCUGCCACCGGUCUUGGCUCAGGAGGCAUUUUCAGAGUCUGCUCUCCUUGGUUGCGCUUUCUUCACGGCACUUGGUGCAAUCCGGAAUGCAGCUGAUCUCCGCACGGGUCAAUCUACAGUUAUUGUGGGGGCCGGCGGCGUUGGACAGGGCAUAGUGCAGCUGGCGAAACAUCUAGGCGCGUCGCCAGUGAUUGCCGUUGACAUAAGUGAUGAAGCAUUGCGCUUGGCAAGAAGCCUGGGCGCAGAUCACUGCAUCAAUGCGCGCGAGGAGGAUGUCAUCGAGCGAAUUGGCGAGCUUACUGAUGGCCACAGAGCAGACGUUUGCAUUGAAGUCAUUGGAUCCAAAGCCACGUUCGAGCAGGCGAUCAUGGCCGUGCGCGAUGGCGGCCGUGCUUGUUAUGUGGGGAUCGCCUCGCCAAAGGUGAGAGCAGAAGUUCCCAUCACUCAUGUUGUGCGCCGUCGAAUCAGUUUGGUGGGUUCCUACGGUGCCCGAGCCUCCAAAGACAUGCCAGAGCUCCUGGAUAUUGCCGCGAAGGGUGGUGUCGAUUUGAAAUCAGCUGUUACCCGGCGCUUCUCUUUGGACCAGGCCUCUGAAGCAUAUGCCCUGCUCAAUGCGGGCAAGAUUGCUGGACGAGCCCUCAUCGAAGUGAGCUAG